UUCAACUGGCAGCUGCGAACACAGACUGUGCCUUCGACAACAACUGCCACUGCUGCUGCUGCUGCUGGUGCUGGUGCUGCUGCUGCCGCUGUCGCCAGUGUCUCGCGACGUCCCGUGCUAAGCGUGCGCCGACGAAUAAUUAACACGCCGACGGCAGCGUCUGAGUCGACCACGCAAACUGCAGAACUGACGACGACCUCUAAAUAUAAUCGUCUGCGCAGUAAGCCAGCCACAACGACAGCAGCAGCAACAGCUAAAAACAGCAACAGCUACCUAAGCAAACUAAAAAGUUCGUCAGCAACAUUGCCGUUUGCACCAAGCAGCAGCAGCAGCAGCAACAGCAACAGCAACAGCAGCAACAAUAACAGCAGCAACAACAGCACUGACAACGCGCAAAAACAACAUAAAUUCCAGGCAGCCAGCUAUGCAUUGCGUCGCCAGUUUCAGACACGUCGAUUGACGACAACGGCAUCCUCGACAAGUGUCGAUGAAAACGCCACGGAUGCGCCGCGCACACAAAACCCGCUUUUUAAGCGCCGCCUAACGCUAACCUCUACUGCAACGCCACCACGGAUUUCAACCACAGCGUUAUCGAUAGAUACGACUACCUAUUUGCCUGGCAUUGAGGAUGAUAAUGAUCAGGUGGCUAGGUCCAGCAUACACACAAGUCGCUUCAAUCAUAUCUCGGAACAUUUACGUCCAGGCUUGAGUUUUGAGCUACCCAACAGCAUCAGUAGCGUUGGCGUAGCCAAUAUCACACGUCGUCAGAUGAUACCACGCCCACGUCGGCCACAGUCCGCCACGCCCACACCUAGUACAACUGCAGCAACAGUAACGGCGGCAUCAUCGCCGCCAGCAUCCCGCCGUCAGCAGAGCCGUCGACGGCCGCACAAGUACAUUGAGGUAUACAGCCGGCCGCCUAGCAAACCGGAAGUGGCCACGGCCACAUCUACUGCCAAUCGUCGAUCAGGCGUUGUUGACCACGAGAUCUAUGAUCAGAACCGUGCGAGCGUUACAAAACAGUCGCGACGCCGCAAUGAACCAGCCCGUCUUCAUGUUCAGGGCCAGUCCCAGUCCCAGCCCAAGUCACAGACGCUACCGAAGGUGAUUGUGCAUGGGCAAGGCAUCAUCGAGUGCCUGGACCAAGGCAAUUUUCCUCAUCCGCUCAACUGUCGCAAAUUCAUUUCCUGUGCCAAAUUCGAUGGGACCGGCGGCAUUGUAGGUUGGGAGUACACCUGCCCCAAGGGUCUCGGAUACGAUGGCGACAGCGGCAUGUGCACCUGGGCGGCAGCCGGCGAGAGAGCAUGUCAUAAUUGAAGCGUCUGGGUGGGGGCCAAUGACUGAAUACACGCCUUUGCGGCCCAACGCCACUCCCAAAAAGAGAUAACUGAUUUUUUUUUCUUGCAUGUUGCAUGUUUGCACAAAAUUUUUUAUUGUGAAUAGUUUUAUA